AUGAAGAGAUCUCGUGAUGUUACUUUCCACAAACCUAGUGACGAGCAUGACGACGGUGAAACAGGGGCUAUAACACUUCCCCCUGGCCCUCCGAAGGCUCCCAACAAUCCUGGAAAUACAGGAAUUUAUCAAACUUCAUUCAUUGGCUCGGGCGAGCAAGCAAAACCACAGUCAACAAUUCAGCAAGACCGACCACAGGUCCGAGAAGCUACUCCGGCACAGCCUUCACAGACCAUUCUGCCAGACAGCAUCUCCAGUUACAAGACGACUCCCGGGAUCAUUCCCCGAAGAGAGAUUCGACAAAUUGAACAAGCACCGUCUUUGCACAUACCCUCGAGCACACACCUAUUCGACAGGUCCACAGCUGCUUCUCGUCCCCGGACUCGACCCACUUUGUUACGUGCGCAUGCACCUUUGCAGAGAAUUACCGAGGAGGUUAUUCAACCUCAGCGGAUGCGCGCUACAGAAGAAAGUAGCGACGAGCAACGAAGAGCUAUACUGAAUAAACGCCUAAAUCGACUACAGGAAGAUAUCGAGACCAUGAGCAAUAAAUGGCAGGAUAUACGCCAAGAAACUGAGCGCAUUGAGGAAAGGAUUUCAAACAGAUCUACAUCUAUUAAACCUACUCCUACCCCUGCUGUUGCUACUGCUCCUGCCUUACACCACACGCCAGAUAGGCCUCGCUCUCCUCAGGAAUACCGAUUUCCAUUCCCUUCACUAGAUCAGUUACGCCUUUACAGGGAAGAGAGUGAGCAAAUGUCUAUUAAGAAAGACCCAUCUCUAGUGCCACCUCCAGUGCCAGCGCCAGUCUCACCAUCAUCAUCAUCGCAUAAUCAAGUUGCUUCUGUUACCAAAGAAGUUAUCUCAGUCAGUUCUACACCAGAUCCAACCCUCCCACCCCCUUCACGACGAGUAUCACAUCGCCGAACCAAGGGAUGCCCUCCGGAGCGGUACUCCGACCCGAAUCGACCCCUCCUUUCCGUCGAGCGUGUAUCGAUUACCAGAAUGCAGAAGAAGCGACCACGACUCGAUCGUCACGAGAAAACAAGUGCGGAGGAAGGUGGUAACAACGGGGAGGAGGGUGUUGGACAGAGAUCUGCGGGAUCUGUUGAUGAUGCUGAAACCGCGCCUGCUUCCUCGAGAACUGAUUCCGAGGGACCAGCAGCCCUCGCUGUCACUGCUCCUCACGCUGCUAUGGCUCAACAAAUCGAGGAUCUGAAUACACAAAAGACAUACACUCUGGUACUCAAACCAAAACGUGCGAGCGUUCUACCUGGUAAGUGGGUGUACACUGUGAAAACAAACACCUACGGAUUUGUUAAUACCUUUAAAGCACGCUGGGUUGUGUGUGGAAAUUUCCAGCAAAAGAAAGAUGACCGGGAAGAUUGCUAUGCCCCUAUGGUCUCCGAAGCACUGAUCAAGAUCGUGCUAAGCCUUAUUGCUAUCUACAAUCUGAAAUGGAGGCAGGUUGACUUCACUGCAGCAUAUUUGAAUGCUUCCCGUGCUCAUAGAGAGGUUGUGUAUAUGCAGCAGCCCUCUGGUUUCGAAUAUCAUAACGACGAAGGAGGGAUCAAGUCCUGGGUGUGCUCCCUAGACCAAGCUUUGUAUGGUCUUAGGGAUUCUGCAUUCUUAUGGAACGAAGAGCUAGACAAGACCCUUUGUGGUAUAGGGUUCCAACCAAUGGAAGAUGACCCCUAUGUUUACAAGAAAGGUGUCGGAGCAAAGAUGACCAUUCUAAUGCUUCAUGUUGAUGAUUUCAUUAUUGCUGCUCCUUCUAAUGAAGAGAUUAACGCCGUGAUCGCUCAACUAAGCAAGCAUUACCCCCUGAAAGACCUCGGUGAACCGAAACAGUACCUUGGCUGCUUGCUGGAGCGAGACUACGACGCCGGGACUAUUCGGAUGUCCCAGAAAGCCUAUGUCCAAAAGAUCCUGCACAAAGCAGACAUGUUGCACUACAAAGGAAGGAGUAUCCCAUUACCGGUAACAUGGAACUGGUCCGAAGGCCAUAAGGAUGCAACGUCGACCCUCGAAGAUAAUGACGACUACUUAUCAGUUGUGGGAAGUCUGAACUGGUUGGUAAUACGUACGCGCCCCGAUAUCAGGUUCUAUGUUACAAAGCUACAACACAAAUCUGCGAAUACCACUAUUCACGACCAAGAAGCCAUGGUGCAGGUCCUUCGUUACCUCCGAGAGCAUCCAGAUCGUGCGAUCACACUCGGAAAGAAGAAGGAGUUACAGUUCUAUGCCUAUGCCGACGCUUCACACGGAGAUAAUCUGAACUAUAAGUCAACUGAGGGCGCAGUCUGGCUCUUUGGAGGUAGUCCAAUCCAAUGGUCAACCAGGAAACAGACUAUUAUGGCGCCGUCAACCACGGCCGCCGAAUGUUUUCCUAGAGCAAGCGAUCCGUUGGUGAUCUACACAGAUAACAUCAACACUCAGCUACUCUUAAACAAGAAGACUGGUCGCAACUCGACAAGAUGGCUUAACAUGCGAUAUUUCUUUGUGAAAGAUGCUGCUGCCAAGGGCUACAUUGACCUCGAAAGGGUUGAGAGCAAGGCUAACGUGGCGGAUGGUUUCACGAAGCCACUCGGAGAAGAAGCGUUCCCCGGAUUUAUCACACAGCUAGGGAUGUGA